AUGCUCUACGAAGCCAACACGUUCGCCAUACUUCACAAUACUGUAUUGAUCGACUUCCGCCGAGCUGCGCUCGCAUCUCACCUAUCUCGAGUUCGCUCACUGCAUGUUCAUUUCCAGUUUCGUGAGCUUAAUCAGCACAGGCGACCGCUUGAGGAGCAACAGGGCUUCCCAUCCCCAUGGAGCUUGAAGACGUUCACCACUUGCGGUAACGAACCAGAUAUCGCAAGCGCUAUUGGAGGCUUUCCAGACCUCGAGUCACUCUCUGUCUUUAUCCAGGGUCCUCUGACGAGUGAAGAGACGUACCGACAGAUCUGUGGCUCAUUGAGGUCCAUCCAGCGUGAUCUGAGAAGCCUGAGAUUCAUGAUGGUCAGAUUUCCCAGACCGUUUCCGGAUGAGGUUGUCCAAUUGCGAGCUCAAUACGAUGGGCAAGAUCCUAUUGAGCUUGUCAGGCGUGUCCUGGAAAAGGAAGAAGCUGAAGUGCGGCACGGAUAUCGGAUCGUUCAGCCAUCCCUGGAACCCGGACAGAAUGCGUAUGAUAUGGCUGACUCGGAUGCGGAAAGCAAAUGGCGGGUGGGAACCAUAUACAUGCAGUCCAGUGGCGAGGCGGAUGGAGUCGCGACGCGAAACUAUGCUGUGCUUCGACCAGAGAGAGAGACCAAGACGUACAAGACCGAUUCUAAGUAUGCCUACUUUCAGGUCCCAGUAAUCGGGUACCAGAGUUCGGAUGAUCUGUAUGGAUCUGGGUAUCGAGCGCUCAACUGGCCUCCAAGACACAAUGGGCUGUCCUGA